GCAGCGUGAGCGCGCCUGAAGCCCCACACCAGUGAGGGAGGAGUUAAGUUCCUUCCCUUCAAGACAAAUCCCCAUAGAAAGAUAGACAGAGAGAAAGGUGUUAUUAAGAUAAGCACACCUUUAUGUUCACUACACCUCUGACUCUUGCCUCCGUCAAAAUCGUCACUACAGUAAUUUUGUCACGGUUAACACCACUAACUCAUAGCAUUAUGUUCACUACACCACUAGGUUUCGCUUUCUUCACAAUCAUCACUACAUCAAUUUGUCAUAAUUGAAAAAUACAAAUUUUCUUGUGUUGGCCACCCAUGGACGCACACCUCCUUCCUCUAGCCAGAACGCAGCAAAGGUAGAAUGACGCCGCAUUUCACAGCUGACACUCACGCUCUGCUCGGCGUGGCCCGCGGCGCGCCCCUGGAGGAGAUCAAGCGGGCCUACCGCCGCAAGGCCCUCGCGCUGCACCCGGACAAGAACCCCGGCGACGCUGCCAACGCAACUGUGCGAUUCCAGCAGUUGCAAGCAGCCUACGAGACGCUCUGCCGCCAGAAGGAGGCCGGCGGGGAGCCACGGGAAGGCCAGGCAAGCUGGGAGGAGGAGAAGAAGCGAGAAGAGGAGCAGAAGGAAAAGGCGCGGAAGAAAGAGGAAGGAAAGCAACAACACCAAAGAGAGAAGGACCGCCAAUGGGAAAAGAAGCAAGAAAAGCAGAGGAAGAAGAGGCGCAGAAAGAAGGAGAGGAAGAGCGCACCGGAGGAAGAGGAGGAGAAGGAAGAGGAAGAGAAGGAGGAGGAAGAGGAGGAGAAGGAGGAAGAAAGGCCUAUGGACUGGGAGGAGGAGGAGGAGGAGGAAGAUAUGGGGAUGAAAUGGGAGCAGAGAAGGAAAUAUGAGAGAAGACACAGGAGAGAUAAGCGCCAUGUGAAGAGAGAGGAGGCAAGAGAGAGGAAGUGGAGCAAGGCAACAGCAGAGGAGGAAGAGGAGGAGGAGGAGGAAGAGGAAGAAAGGCUGAUGGACCAGGAGCAAAGAGAAGAAUAUGAGAGAAUGCCCCGCAAAGACAAGGACGAGAUAAAGAGAGAGAGAGCAUGGGAGAGGAAGAGGAGGAAUAGGAGAACACCGCAGGAUGAGGAGAAGGAAGAACAGGAGGAGGAGGAUCCAGAGGACAGAGACAAUGCAAGGGACAGGAAGAAGCGAAGAGAGCAGGAGAGGAGGAGGCGAAAAGAGGAGGAGGCAAGGAUGAAGAGAAGGCGGCAGGAGGAACAGAGAAAGGAGAAGAAACGGAUGAGGGAGAUGGAGGAGAAGCAGAUGGAGGAAAAGAGGAGGAGGAGGAGAGAAGAGGAAGAGAGGGAGAAAGAGAGAUUUAGGCGAGAAGAGGAGGAGACGAUCAGGAGGGAAGAGGAAGAGAAAGAGAAAGAGAGAGUUAGGAGAGAAGAAGAGAAGGAGCUGGAGAGGAUCAGGCGACAAGAGGAAGAGGAAAGGAUGAAAAAGAAGCGACAAGCAGAGGAGGGAGAAGAAGAGGAAGGGAAGAGAAGGAGACAGGAAGAGUACCAGGAAGAGGAGGAAGUAAACGAGUGCAGUAAACAGGAGGAGGGAGAGAGAAGGGGAGACGAAAGGAAGAUGAGACGCCAGAGAAAGCUGAGGGUGCUGAGGCAGAGAAGGAAGAGAGAAAGGGUGACGAGGCGCGGCCAGGAGAGAAUGAGGCGCCAGCAGGGACAGGAGGAAGUGUUGAGGCGACACCUGGAGGAGGAAAGGAGCAAACACCAGGAGAAGGAGAGGAUAAGACAGGAGGAAAGAAUGACACGAGAGCAGGAGGAAGAGAGGAGGAAACAGGAGGAGAGAGAGAAGGAAGAGAAAGAGCAGCGCGAGAGAGAAAGGGAGGAAGAAAGCGCGGGACUGAACAGAAAACGUGCCGAGGAGGCCAGGAAGCGAGUUUGGCAGUUUAUAAGAAAAUGGCAUUUAGUUUUAAGGAAAAGGUUCAGAAAUUCUGCAGAAAAAUAAAAAUAAAAAUAAAUAAAAAUCGAAAAAAAAGAGUGAAUGAGUGAAUUGAUUAGGAUAAGAACAUGAUGUGUCAGGAAAAUAUAUGUUAAGAAUAUGCUGAGACUGAACGAAAACUAAACUAAAAAAAAAAUAAAAAAAAAGUAGUAAUAAUAAGCGUGUUGUGGAUCCAGUGUACAUGUGAGGCGAUGACCUGGAAUAUUGCCCCAGUGUUGUGAUGCCCCACUGCAAUGACACGGAAAAAAAAUAAAAAAAUUAACAAAAUAAAAUAAAAGACGAAAAAAAAACUGUAGGCUAAGAAUAGAAAUAGAGUGAGUAAAUGAGUAAAUAAGAAAAUACAAAAAAAUAAAAUAAAUUAAUAAAAGACGAAAAAAAACUGUAGACUAAGGAUAGAAAUAGAAUAAAUAAAUAAGAAAAUACAAAAAAAUUUGAUAAAUUAAUAAAAGACAAAAAAAAAAUUGUAGGCUAAGAAUAGAAACAGAGUGAAUAAAUAAGAAAAUAUUAAAAAAAGUUGAAUAAAUUAAUAAAAGACGAAAAAAUGUAGACUAAGGAUAGAAAUAGAAUAAAUAAAUAAGAAAAAUCACAUAAAUUAAUAAAAGACGAAAAAAACUGUAGGCUAAGAAUAGAAAUAGCAUAAAUGAAUAAGAAAAUAUAAAAAAAAUCACAUAAAUUAAUAAAAGACGAAAAAAAUCAUUGUAGUCUAAGAAUAGAAACAGAAUGAAUAAAUAAAUGAGAAAAUAAAAAAUCAAAUAAAUUACUAAAAGACGAAAAAACAGAUGUAGAAUAAGAAUAGAAAUAGAAUCACUAAAUAGAUAAGAAAAUAGAAAAAUAAAUAAAUAGAUUAAUAAAAGACGAAAAAAAUGUAGAAUAAGAAUAGCAAUUGAAUAAAUAAAUAAGAAA